UGAUACAUCAGGUGGAAGAGCACUCGAUCAAGAAAGGGAGGAGAAUGCGCGGAACGUGUUGAAGGGACCUUUACCUUAAGAAGGAAGACGAGGAACUCGAGCUCAAUUCAUUGGUCCCAAAUAUUCACCGAUCAGCCACCUCCAACAUGGUUUCUCUUCGUUUCUCUCUGGCCGCCGCUGUCGUACUGCUCGCCGCCGCUGUGGCGGAUGCUGCCCCAUCCGGCGACGCGCCUUUCGCAUCGAGGAGUAGUCACUCCACUCAGGCAUUCUGCGUCAAGUAUCUCCAGGGCCGAAAACCGGCGAGGUCAACGACGACAAAGAGCAAGACCGCCACGGCAACAUUGCCUGCGGCCACGUCCACCAUCACCAGCACUAUAGAGGUGACUUCGACCGAGACUGACACCGAGACAGACACGUCGUACGUCACCAAGACAGACUUGGAGACGGUGACCGAGACCGAGACCGAGACAGACACAGUGACAUCUACAACAACACUGGCCGCCGCCCGGCGAUCGUUGCCGACGCAGCAGGCGCUGGAGAAGCGAUCCGCUUCAGCCGCACUGCAAAGGGCAAAGUCGUUCUCGUCACAGGUCAUCACCGACGCGUGCCUUCUCAUCGUAUAUGGGACGACACAGUACCCGACUGUGACGGUGACCUCAACCACGACCACCUCAUCGCAGCUGCCAACCAUGACUGCUACUGCAACGACUACCCAUGUCAACUCGGCCACCGAGACGAUGACGGUGUCGGAGACGGACACUGUCACUGUCACUGCCUCGACGACGACAACCACGACUACAACGACGACGACGACGGUCAUUGCCACAGAGACACCGACAGCCGAAGGGUCCUGUGGCGCACCUUCGACGUGUAGCGGAGACAUCUACUCGUGCGGAGCUACUUCGACCUGCGUCUGCGUCGAAAGCGCCAGUGGGCCCACGUCGUGCGUUGCAGACUCGAGCUGCCUGGCUGUCCAAGCGCGCGACGGCCUCAUCGAUCGAGAUGGGAAAAUUGCAAAAACUACCUUCAAGUCGUCUUUUGCGCCGAGGUAA